AACAUCAAUAAUUUGAUUACAAUUCCAACAAAGAAUGGCAAAAUGCAAAAGCAAAACACCAGCCAUUUCGUACCAACCAUUAUGUUAGCGAAUACUAUGUCACUGGUUCCUAAGCUGAGUGAAGUUGAAGAACUUAUCUUAAGGGAAAAAAUUCAGGUCUGCUGCAUUACAGAAACCUGGCUGAAAGACCACAUCAGCGACACAGUUGUAAACAUUGAAGGAUAUAACAUCACACGGAAUGACCGAUCAUCUCACGAGCAUGGAGGAGUCUGUGUAUAUGUCAAGGAGGACGUCAAAUAUGAAAUUCCCGAGAAGUUACGUUGCUGUAACGACCAUGAAAUAAUCUGGCUCAAAUUAGAUCCAUCACGCUCUCCCCGCGGUUUUUCUUGCAUCUUGCUGGCCGUCGUUUACUAUCCAGGCCGUAACAGUCCAGCAGAAUCCGACAGUCAGAAUUUGCUCAACCAUCUAUUUGACAGUUUGAAAUCAGCCGAAUCUUUGUAUCCAAAUUGUGGAAUUAUUGUCACUGGCGAUUUUAACCGUCUUGAUAUUUGCCAUUUGCGGAACCAUUUUAAAUUAAAGCAGCUUGUUAAAUUCCCCACAAGAGGCCAGGCCACGCUUGAUCUAAUACUAACAAACAUGGGCAAUCACUUCUCAACGCCCGAGAGCUUUCCCCCCUUUGGUCUGUCAGACCAUAGCACAGUCAUCGUAAAGCCGAAGGAAAGGAUACUGAACCAACAUACCAGGAAAAAGAUCAAUAUCAGGGAUAUGAGAGAAAGCAAGAAGACAAGUCUCGGCCGCUAUCUCAGCAAUGUCGACUGGUCAUGCAUCAAUAUGCAAAGCUCCUGUGAGGGAAAACUCCGCAAUUUCAACGAACUGAUAACAAACGGCAUAAAUAACAUCAUGCCAGAAAGGUCGAUUAAAGUUUACCCGAAGGACGCCCCUUGGAUGACAAUAAAACUCAAGGAGUUGAUUCGUUUGCGUCAAAAUGCAUUUCAUUCCAACAAGAAGGGUCCAGUUUUCAGAUUCUACCGCAAUGCUGUCAAUAGAGAAAGGAAACUAUGCAAAGCAGCCUACUAUUCUUCAAAAGUGCAAGAUCUCAAAGGUGUGAAUCCCCGUCAGUGGUGGAAAGAGAUAAAUAAACUGAGUGGAUCCAAAAAACAAAACCCCAAUUUACUGUCCUCUCUCGAUGUACAGCAAUUCACCAACAUGUCCCCCCAAGAAAUCGCCAGUGCAAUAAAUGAAGCUCUUCUAGAACCGCUCCAGUCUUAUCAGCCUAUCAACUGUGAGAACACGUCUGUUCUCCUUCCCACAGGAGAAGGCGCCGAAUUGCCUAAAAUAUCAACACAUCGAGUGUACAUU